GAGUCAGAAUUAUGAUAUAUUAAAUUGCAAUUCGGCAACAUAGUAACAUCUGUUGUGACUCUAUAUAACAAACUGCUUAUUUUAGUUUUAUUUUCAGAAAUCCUCGACAACUAGAAGAAACAGAACUAUCGAGACAUGAAAAUGUUCAAGAAUAUCACGGUCAUUUUCCUAGCGUCGUUAACAACAGUGAUAUCAGACCGACCUCCUGACAUUUACAUGCAACCAUAUGCAAAUGUGUAUUUCAAUCCUGGUGAAGAUGUGGAAUUGCCUUGCAGAGCGAAUGGAGUACCAAGACCAACUUAUAAGUGGAAGAAGAACGGCCGCUAUCUGAAUCUCAGUGGCAAAUUUCGUAAGUUGUCCGGCGAAGGUACCAUUGUGAAUAAUGCACUAGAGGAAGAGGACGAGGGCAUUUACCAGUGUAUGGCUGAGAAUGAAUUUGGAACAUCUCUUUCAAUCAAUGUCAACUUAAGAGCGGGAAAGCUGGGUGCAUUUGAUGUUUCGGAGCCCGUCACCUACCGUCCCAAUCUAGGGGAUUCUCUAACGCUGGACUGUGUCCCUCCCGUCAGCGUUCCCAAACCCAUCAUCGUGUGGGUUCUGCGGACACCUGAAGGUAGAUUUGAACCCAUCAACUACAACGGAAGAAUUUCACUGGACUUGGAAGAUCGCUUACACUUCGCCAAUAUUCUGAAGGAUGACGAACAGGAGGGCAAAGCUUACGUCUGUUUGGUCCAAAAUCCUAUUUUGAGACAAACUUCCUUCGGCAAACUCAACUACAUCAUCCCUGUGGGAAGAGUGCCAGCCUUAAGACCGGUGCAGUAUCUCUGGAGCUCGGCCUCUGAUAGUUUUGGACUGAGAGGAGAGACAUUUAGUCUCAAGUGUAUAUUCGGUGGAAACCCUACUCCGGAAGUGAGUUGGCAGAAAAACAAUACUUCGCUUCCUGUUCAGUACUUACUAAGAUCCUAUGGACAGGAGCUUUUCAUUCCUAGUUUGACAGACGAGGAUGCUGGACAGUACAAGUGUAUUGGCUUGAACAAUCAGGGAGCUGUUCUCUACCGAAACUUCAACGUUCGAGUGCAAUCGAAGCCAUAUUGGGAAGUUGAACCAACCAAUAUAGAAGCUAGAGUUGGAACAUCAGCAACCUUCAUUUGUAAGGCUAAAGGUGAUCCUAAACCAAAAAUAGUGUGGUUCAUAAAUGGAGUCAAACUGACAGGUUAUCAUCUUAAAUCCAAAGUACCAAUACUGCAGAGCGGCCGUGUUGUUCAGCCUAAUUCCAACAACCUAACGUUCGUCAACCUGAACGAGAGUGACCGCAUGGUCGUGCAGUGUAACGCCUCUAAUAAGCAUGGUUAUGUAUUUGCAGAUGUCUAUCUUGACAAUCUAGUGAUAUCCAACCGCCCUCCUGCCAUUUACAAGCAGCCAGAUUUUGAUGUAUACUUCAAGCGUGGUGAAUACGUGGCAUUACCUUGCAGAGCUAAUGGAGAACCCAAACCAACUUAUAGGUGGACGAAGAAUGGCAUCAAUUUUAAUAUCAGCGAUUUUGGCAACAAAUUUCUUCAGCUGUCGGGCGAAGGUACCAUUGUGAAUAACGCACCAGAGGAAGAGGACGAGGGCAUAUACCAGUGUAUGGCUGAAAAUGAAUUUGGAACAUCUAUUUCAAACAACGUCAGACUCAGAAUGGGAAAGCUGGGUGCAUUUGAUGAUUCGGAGCCCGUCACCUACCGUCCCUUUCUGGGGGAUUCUCUAACGCUGAACUGUAUCCCUCCCGUCAGUGUUCCCAAACCCUUCAUCGAGUGGGUUCUGCGGACACCUGAAGGUGGAUUUGAACCCAUCAACUACAACGGAAGAAUUUCACUGGAUUUGGAAGGACGUUUACGCUUCACCAAUGUUCAGAGAGAGGACGAGCAACAAGGCAAAGCGUAUGUCUGUGUGGUGGUUAAUGAUUUUUUGAGACGGAACUUGUUCGACAAAUCAAACUACAUCAUUCCAGUUAGAAAAUUUCCAGACUUGAACCCGGUGCAGUACUUAUGGACUUCUGCUUCCCAUGAAGUUGGCUUAAGCGGGGAACCAUUUAUACUGAAAUGCAUUUUCAGUGGAAACCCUACUCCGGACGUGACCUGGCUGAAAAACAAUACUUCACUUCCUGAACAGCACUUCCUAAGAUCCUAUGGACAGGAGCUCUUCAUUCCUAAUUUGAAAAAUGAGGAUGCUGGACAGUAUACGUGUUCUGGUUCAAACAGUCAGGGAAAUGCCUACCGAAAUAUUGACGUUCGAGUGCAAUCGAAGCCAUAUUGGGAAGUUGAACCAACCAAUAUAAAAGCUAGAGUUGGAACAUCAGCAACCUUCAUUUGUAAGGCUAAAGGCGAUCCCAAACCAAAAAUAGCGUGGUUCAUAAAUGGAGUCAAACUGACAGAAUCCAAAGCAGCAAUCACACAGAGUGGUCGUUUGAUUAGACCUAGUGCCGGCAAUCUCACGUUUAUCAAUCUCAACGAAAAUGACAGCUUGGUUGUACAGUGUAACGCCUCUAAUACAUAUGGUUAUGUGUUUGCCGAUGUUUAUCUGAAUAUUCCGGGUAGGUGUAUCAAGAUGCAAAAUGUUUAAGAUGUUCAUUUCCUUUCAGUUUUGAAUCGUGUUCAUAUGAGGUAAUUUAAGUCCCUUUUUAAAUUCUAAAUUCGAACUGAGACGACACCAACUGUUAGAUGAUUGUGAUAAGGCGGGGCGAAAAUGGACGACAUGUUGUAACAUCCAUGCAAAACGUUUGAGUAAAAUUAGUACCUUUUGUCAUGUGUACAUGCUAUAUAAUUAUAUGUGCUUUAUAUUCAAUAUUCCUCCACUUAAUUAAUCUCGGUGAAUAUAAAAUAUGUGAAAUGUAUUUAGUAUGAUUUUGUUUGAUCUUGAAUUGACACAAUUAUUGCAAUGUAGCGUGUAACAGCGAGGCGAGAAUUCAUUAUGAUAGUCUUUUAAAACACACACACACACUCGAGGUAUACUGUUUCAGGAUAUCUUUCAAUGGAAAAUGACAAAAUUAAUUUCUUCAUAUACAAUGUAUGACUGUUGAACGAUAAAUGGUGUUUAUAUGUAAAACUUAGGAAAAUGAUUUCAUUAAACUAUGAAAAUGUCGUACCUGUUAUAGUGAAGCUCGCCUCCAUUUAGAUAUUUGUAAUAUGGUACCUAAUAUCUGCUAAUAUACAUUGCAUAUUGUCUUUUCAAAUUAUUUUUUCACUGUAAAACAUUUUUAAGAUAUUGAAAAACUGUGAUGCUUUAAAAAAUAUUUCGGUUUGAAAAUAACAACUUUAAAGAUCCGUGAUAUAUCGCACUCGUUUUGAAAAUUUAUAACUUCGCAUCCAUUGACUAUACAGGAUUUCUAGAACCAAAUUAUUGAACAUGAGUACCCAUACAUAUGGUCAUGAGUUUUACAUACUAACAAUGGCAAUUGGUGAUUUCUUUACUUCCUCACUCGCAUACGUCCACCUGACAAACAGAAAAUUCCAGUUGCAUUGAAUAUGAUUAUGGUUUUUGUUUUAAAAAGUUGAACGGUUUUGAACAUCUGAUUAAUAAGAUUUUCAGAUGGAAAAAAAUUAAUAAGCUGUCAUAAAGAUUUAAGCAUGCAAGUAGUCAGAUAAAGGAGAAACUGUCCAACUUUCAGAGUAAAAAGAUUUUCCAAUUCAAGAGGAUGACAAUCAUUCACGUUUAAAAACUUUAUAUAACUUGUAAAGCGACUCUCUCUCUCUCUCUCUCUCUCUCUCUCUCUCUCUCAGUUAUCGAGAUCUAAGGUCUUCUGCGAAAUAGGUACACUCAAUAUCACAUUAAACCCUGAAAUGGAAAAUAGACUGAUACUUAUAUACAUAUCAUAGGCUGAAUAUGUAGAUUAUGAUAAAAGUUUUGAACGAAUUGAUUUUGCAGAUAUCAGGCGAUUGUAUACAUUAGACUGACCAUAUCAAGAAGAAAUUGUUUGAAUGUGGUCAUUAAAUUAAAUAUGUAAUACAUCUAUGAUCCAUUUCUAUUUUGACAUGACCGAUCGAUAGUUUUAACAAAGACCGUUUCUAAGCUACCUUUUAUGCUCUGAUCCUUAGACGAAUUUGACUCCACUUUUUGGUACUCUGAUUUUCCCUAAAUAGCUCUAUCAAGUUUAUUGUUAUUUCGGAUUUCAAACAUUUCGGUUGAGCAACACAGAAGAGACAUUAUUUGUCGAAAUGCGCAUCUGGUGCAUCAAAAUUGGUACCAUAUAAGUUUUACAUGCUAAUACUCACACACUUACUAAAUCUGUGGUUCUCCUCCUUUCGGAUUGCUUCAUAAUAGCUGUUAAUCAUCUUCAAACCUGCGAUAAACAUUACCCAACGUUUGUGUACGAAUAGAGUUCAGCUAUUGGGCGCCUCUGAUAUUGAGUAUAAUACUCGUAAUGCACAUGUAGUUCAUUUCACAUCAUGUUACAUGCAUUGUUUUAAUUACUGCAACAAAUAAAGAAAAAUCAAAGGUUUAAGAGUAAAUAUAUUGUCCCAGAAAAUAAAAUGAUAAGAAAAAAAUUACCCACUCGAACUCACAUUGUAUCACGUUAGUAUAAAAGAUAAAACAGGUUGAUUUCGAACUCGAGAAAAUUUGUACUUUCUAUCUCGAUGUGUUUUAUUGUAGUGCCGAUGAAUUCUCUCUCUCUCUCUCUCUCUCUCUCUCUCUCUCUCUCUCUCUCUCUCUCUCUGUAUGUCUCUGUCAAUUUCUGUCAUUUCAUGCACUUUAAUUGAGCAUUUUAAUUAUGCGGGUAAAAGACAAUAAAUAAAUAAAUAAAAAUCGCUACUUCCAUCGUUUUUCAUAGUACAUAUAUAUUAUAUUAGGGACAGUUUGGUGAACUGAUGUUUAAAAAAUAGCUUGAACUGAUUAGUUCAAUACAUUGCUUUUAUUAUCUUUUUUUUUUUUUUUUUUUUUUAGGUUAUUGAGACCUGCGGAGUGAUAAGUCAAGAUGCACGUUGUACCGAUCUGAGAAUCUUUGUAAUUUGAAUAAUUAGACAACAAGCUAUCAA